AUGAUGAUUGUAACAACUACAGAUUAUGUCGUGGCUUGUAUCGUACCUUUUAUGUCUGAUUUUAACAACAGCGAUGCUGCGAUAAUGAAAGAUAUUUUACUUCGCAAUACCGAUAACAUUCUAAGUUGGUUAAAAGAAUAUGACAUACUGGUGGCUGAUAGAGGUUUUAGGGACUCUAUCGGUGUUAUGAAAGUUUUUGGGUUGGAGGCUACUAUACCAUCAUUUCUCGAUGACAGACGUCAAUGUUCAGCCGAAGAAGCUAAUGAAUCAAGAUGCAUCAGAAAAAUACGCUGGGUCGUGGAAGCCGCUAACCAUUGUCUCAAACAAUUUAAGUACUUUGCGAAUACCCUUCAAAACUCGUCCCUAGUGUACUUAGAAUCUGAUAUGUCAAUUGCUUGCGCUCUCAUCAAUCAUUAUCAACCACCUAUGACAAGAUCUAAACUGGAAGAUGAAGAAAUAGAUGUACAAAUAAUGCAAUUACGCCAACAAAAAAAUAAAAUUCAACUCCUCUUAGAAGAAAAUAAUCUAAUCAGGCUGUUUUCUCUAUGGGAAAUAAUUAAUCUUACAGAAAUCAUAGAUGGUUUUCCUAUUAUGACACAAGACGGUCUAGAAGAUCUCACUUUCGGUAACAAAUCUUCAUUUAAUUUCUACCAACUAUCUAUUUUUAUAGGUGUCCUUCAAUUGAAACGAACACGUUCUUAUGUUGAAGAGCGCUGCUCAACUACCAAUCUAACCAGUGACGUAGCUUACAGUGUACACCCAUGUAAAAUGAUUCCCAAUUUGAUCUGUAUUCCUAUUCAAUCCGCACAUAGAUAUCGAAUUACUUAUCAUCCAACAUUUUACUGA